AGAGGGUCACGGCUCAACAUCAUCAUCAUCGCCGAGGGGGCCAUCGACCGCAGCGGCAAGCCCAUCUCCUCCAACUAUGUGAAGGAUCUGGUGGUGCAACGCUUGGGCUUCGACACACGGGUCACCGUCCUGGGGCACGUGCAGCGCGGGGGGACUCCGUCAGCCUUUGACAGGACAAAGGAUGUGCAGAAGGCCAUGGAUGAGAAGAGGUUUGAGGAGGCCAUCCAGCUCCGUGGGAGGAGCUUUGAGAACAACUGGAACAUCUACAAGCUGCUGGCUCACCAGAAGCCAGCGCAGGAAAAGAGCCCCUUCAGCUUGGCCAUCCUGAACGUGGGUGCCCCUGCUGCGGGCAUGAACGCUGCUGUCAGGUCAGCCGUGAGGAUUGGCAUCUGCCAGGGACACACCGUCUACGUGGUGAGCGACGGCUUCGAGGGCUUGUCCAAGGGGCAGAUCCGAGAGGUGGGCUGGCACGACGUGGCGGGCUGGCUGGGACGUGGCGGGUCCAUCCUUCCCCGCUGCAGGACGCUCCCCAAGACCUGCAUGGAGAAGAUCGUGGAGAACGUGCGGAAGUUCAACAUCCAGGGGCUGCUGGUCAUCGGGGGGUUUGAGGCGUACGAGGGGGUGCUGCAGCUGGUGGAGGCCCGUGGGCAGUACGAGGAGCUCUGCAUCAUCAUGUGUGUCAUCCCCGCCACCAUCAGCAACAACGUGCCCGGCACCGACUUCAGCCUGGGCUCAGACACGGCCGUCAACGCAGCCAUGGAGAGCUGUGACCGCAUCAAGCAGUCGGCCUCGGGCACCAAGCGCCGUGUCUUCAUCGUGGAGACAAUGGGGGGCUACUGUGGCUACCUGUCAACUGUCACGGGCAUCGCCGUGGGGGCCGACGCCGCCUACGUCUACGAGGAUCCCUUCACCAUUCACGACCUGAAGGCCAACGUGGAGCACUUGACGGACAAAAUGAAGACAGAUAUCCAGAGAGGGCUGGUGCUGCGCAAUGAGAAGUGCCACGAGCACUACACCACCGAGUUCCUCUACAACCUCUACUCCUCUGAGGGCAAAGGCAUCUUUGACUGCAGGAUCAACGUCCUGGGCCACCUGCAGCAGGGAGGAGCCCCAACCCCCUUUGACCGCAACUACGGGACCAAGCUGGGGGUGAAGGCCGUGCUGUGGAUGUCAGAGAAGCUGCAGGAGGCCUACCGCAAGGGGCGUGUGUUUGCCAACUCGGGCGACUCGGCCUGCGUGAUCGGGCUGAGGAAGAAGGUGGUGGCCUUCAGCCCUGUGACAGAGCUUAAGAAAGUCACCGAUUUCGAGCACAGGCUGCCCCAGGAGCAGUGGUGGCUGAACCUGAGGCUGAUGCUGAAGAUGCUUGCCAACUACCAGAUCAGCCUGACGGAGUACAUCUCGGGCAAGAUGGAGCACGUCACUCGCCGCACACUCAGCAUCGAGAAGGGCUUCUAG